AAUUAGAAUUCCUCGGCAUUAUAUGGGUUAUAAAACAUUUUCAUACAUACCUUAGUAGAUCCAAGUUUAAAUUAAUUACAGAUCAUGCAGCAUUGAAGUAUUUAAACAAUAUGAAAGAACCAAAAGGAAAAUUAGCUCAUUGGAUUAUGACAUUACAGUCAUACAAUUUCGAAGUAGAACAUAGUUCAGGAAAUGUCUAG